AUGUAUCUAUCUAUCUAUCUAUCUAUCUAUCUAUAUAUAUAUAUAUAUAUUCAUUUUUUAUUAAUUUUCCUUUUUUCUUUCUGUCUUUGUUUCCUUCAUUCUUUUCUUUCCUUUCUUUUCUUUCCUUUCUUUUCUUUCUUUUCUUUUCUUUCCUUUCUUUUCUUUCCUUUCUUUCUUUUCUGUCCUUUGUUUUCUUUCUUUUUGUCAUUUCGUUCUUUCUUUUUCUUUUAUUUCUAUUCUUUCGUCCUUUCUUUUCUGUCCUUUCUUUCUGUUGUCUCCCUUUAUUCCAUCUUUUCUGUCCUUUCUUUCUUUGUGACCUUUUUCUUACUUCUUUCUUACGUUUUUUCUUUUUUAUUCUUUCUUUUUAUCCUUUCUUCUUUUCUAUCUUUCUUUCUUUUCUAUUAUUUCUUACUUUACUGUCUUUCUUUUUUGUUUUCCUUUCUUUCUUUCUAA